UGAAUUUAUUGCAUCUGUAGCAUUUUACCUUGAGCACGGCUUCUUUCAAUGCUUUUAUUUUGCAAUUAUAGGUUUAUUUUCUUCCUUUCCUCUCUCUUGAGCUUUUUAAGGUGUUUUCUGUCACUCAGCUGGAGACUUUAAAUUUCCUAUGUAUAUUAAUUAUCAAAUUAUUUCAUAUAUGAGUCAUUCAGCUCAGCCCUUUUUGGCUCCUUCUUGCAACUCUUACUUGUGGAUUUAUUGGGCAGUUCAGCGCCUACUUUCAUGGGCAGACUCAACUGGCAAGAUUUUAACUGGAGGGUGAGAGAUGUCCUGGCCACGGGGCCCUGUUGCUCACAGUCCCUGGAUCAGAGGAUGGUGCCGGACGGGCAGGUGCUGAGGAUGCACCCACCGCCCUCGGGUUAGCACCGAAGGUUCUCGUGUCAGACAUCAGGCUUCCUUCCUGGGUUCUUUCUGGCUGCGCUAGUCCAGAAGACCAGCAAACCCGAGAUGGUCCGAGGUGGACGAUGGAGCCUGAAUGGAGAGCCUGGGGCAUGAGCCAGGGUCUGGGAUACCCUGGGACAGAGUUAGAUGCCCCUGCAGACGUGGAUGAGCGGCUGAAGACUAAGGGAGCAGGUCACGUGUGGUGACAGACAGGAGAGGCUGCUGUGCCAUCCAGGGGCUGUGGAAGGAGCCCCCGUGGAGAGGCACUCUUUGGGCCACGUGGCUGCUGCAGACGACCCGGAGUCAGCAUCGGCACAAACAUGGGUGCCUCGAAGGAGAGCAGUGCCAGCCUGGUGUCUCCGGGCCCAGCUGCCACUGGCACAGGCCUCCGAAGGGGCAGGAGCAGGAGCAGAAAGCUCACAUCAGGGCUCAUGCUGUGCCUGUGAAGACGUCGGGCACGUCCGUUAGUAUGUGUGGUGCGUGGUCGCCUGUGUAGAUGUCUGUUAGUAAGUGUGGUGCACAGUCACACCUUCCCACACAGUGCAGGUGACUUACUGAGGGCUCUGGAUGGCAAAUGACAAGGACCCAAUUCAAACUAGCAUAAGCAAAAAGGAAGCUCUGUGGGCCUGGCAACCUGGGGAUCAAAACAGUGGUUCAGGCAUGGCUGGAUCCAGCCAUUGACCAUGAGUUUGAGGUGACUCACCUUCAUCUCUCAGCUCUGUUUAGCUGCACCGGCAGACAGCCUGUUUCCAGGGGGAGCCAGGUGGCUACUGGCCAUCUUGAGCUAGUGCCGUGCUUACCGUCCCAGACAGUGGGUUUAUUUCACAGGAACCCUGGCAAGACCCCAGGAGGACUCAGUAUGGCUGGGUCUGGGUCACAUGCCCAGCCCUGAGCCAAUUACCCUGCCUAGGGGGUGGGGCUAUUCUAAUUGGUCAUCCUCAUCACAUCACCCAGGAAGAAGGGGAAGGAGGGGCUGUUUCUCUUGCCCAGGAGGACUGGGCGUGACUACUUUGACCUGAAGAGUUAUUCUCAAAAAGGAAAGGAAUGCUGGGUAGACCAAAUAUAUGCCCAUUGCAGAAGGCCAGCAGGGGCCCCUGGCCUUCGCUUUGCUAAAAGUGGCAGGUGCACAGCUGUCCGGACCCUGGAGCUCAGUGUGAGGGGUGUAAAGGUGUAGAAGGUGCCGUCUGCGCAGCAGUGUGGCAGCGUUCUGCCGUUCUCAGCUGAACGGAAGACAAACCCUCAGGCCUCUUCACACCUUCGUGACUGGUCCCCCCUGGACCUUCGUGCAGAGCUGGCCUUUCCAUGAAGCAAACUCUGGGCACACGUGGAAACCAGCCUUUCGCUGCCAUGCCUGCCCCAGGGACUGACCAGGGUCAGCUCCAGUCACUGACGUAGUUUAUCACGUCUCUUUGGCCUCUGGUCUCUGGAUCCACACCUCUGGCUCUGACAUCUGCAUCGAGCCCCUGUCCCUGCUGGGUUCAAGUCUCUUUUCCAGAAGCUUCACUUGGCUCGAGGCUCUGCUUGAUUUGGUGUCAUUUGAGUUUCUGAGCUUGGUCCUCCCGACCUGUGGUCCUGCCAGGGGAAGAGCAGCGUGGCCUGGCUGGACCCCGGCAAAGGAAGCUUCUCUUCUGCAUUUCUUCUAAACAUGGAGCGCAUGAGCAGGACAAAGACCAGCUGAUUCCUGCAGGCCUGGGUGCGUGGUGCGUGGGUCUCCCACAGGCCUGGGUGUGUGUGUGGCGUGUGGUCCUGCACACUCAGAGAUGGCUUCCAGCACAUUCCACCCUUUCUUUCUUUCUUUUCUUUUUUUUUUUUUUUUGAGUCGGAGUCUCGCUCUGUCACCCAGGCUGGAGUGCAGUGGCGCGAUCUUGGCUCACUGCAAGCUCAGCCUUCCGGGUUCAAGUGAUUCUCCUGCCUCAGCCUCCCGAGUAGUUGGGACGACAGGUGCCAUGACCAUGUCUGGCUAAGCCUCAGCCUCCCCAAGUGCUAGGGUUAGAGGCGUGAGCCACCAUGAAUUUUAUUUUUUAAAUUUUAAGGCGAGGUCUCACUCUGUCACCUAGACUGGAGUACGGUGGCUAGAUCAUGGCUCACAGCAGCCUCAAACUCCUAGACUCAAGCCACCCUCCCACCUCAGCCUCCUGAAUGGCUGGGGCUACAGACAUUUGCCACCACACCUGGCUAAUUUUUGUAUUUUCAGUAGAGAUGGGUUUUUACUAUGUUGGCCAGGCUGGUCUCGAACUCCUGACCUCAGGUGAUCCACCCGCCUUGGCCUCUGGAGUAGCUGGGGUUACAGGAGUGAGCCACCGUGCCCAGCCUCCUUCCACCCUGUCAUAUAACCAGCAGCGCAUAUCAGCACUUCUCAACAUCUUUACUGCAAGACCUUUUCUUCAAAUGAAAUCUUACCUGGAAGCCUGACAGAUGAAGAGGAAAAAGCUGAGUUGCUCUGCGUUGGGCUGUAAUAACCCCCUUGUCCCCAGCCCUCUGCUUCUGCCUGCAUGGUCCUGAAGAGGGGCUCCACACCCCUGGCUCCUUGGAACCCAGUUUGUUUGGCUGUAAUAACCCCCUUGUUCCCAGCCCCCUGCUUCGCCUGCACAGUUCUGAAGAGGGGCUCCACACCCCGGCUCUUUGGAACCCAGUUUGAGAGCCUCUUGGCGAUUAUAUCCAUCUGUCUGUCUCUUUCGUGGUAGCACCUGCUGCUGCUCCCCAUGGGGAAAGGUUGCUGAUGGUGUUUAUUUUUUUUUAAGCAUCAAAACAUUUUCUUUUUUCUAUCAGUAGCUUGUUUGCACUAUGAAAAGGUCAACAGAGAGAUCCUUGUCAUCUUCCUUCUCCCUGCAGGAGGGUGUCAGGGUGUAAGUGCUCCCUCGCUGUGGAGGGGUUCAUUUCAUUCAUUUCAUUACCCUUGCCCUCCUCGAGGUACCUCCGGGAUGCUGUUCCGUUUACACAUCCGUCAAGUUCUCUGUGCUUCAAUUUGCCUUCCUCCUGAAGAGCCACACCCAAAAGGGGCCCCACUCCAGGCAGCUGGGGCUUCAGGAAGCGAUGAGAUGCUGACGCAGGCCCCAUGCACCACCACCGCUGCCUGUAAGGACUGUUUUGGAUACAGAAAAUGUGCCCUUUCUAACCCAAAAAAUGCUUGAAAUGUGUAAAAGUGGCCAGACUAACAGUCCCAAAGAGGGCUGCCCUCUAAGAGGAAGCGUCCCAAGUCUGUUCCGUUUUAGAGACUACGUGACUGGGGGACAUGGUGGGGCCUUACCAGACAUCCACGAGGAGAAUCCAGGCCUUGGUUUGGCUCCAGCUGGGCCUGCCUGGUGGCUGCCACUUAUUGACUUAAGUCCCAGUGAUUCAGCUCCUCAUCUGGAACACCUCGGGUCACCCCCGACAACGGUGGUGGGAGGGAGAGCGGCCUCCUCCUCCCUUGCGGGGCCUGUCUGGGUGAAGCCCCUCCGUUCCUGAUGUGACUCACCACCCCCAGCCGGGUGCUCCAAGCCAUGGCCGACACCAUCUUCGGCAGCGGGAAUGAUCAGUGGGUUUGCCCCAAUGACCGGCAGCUUGCCCUUCGAGCCAAGCUGCAGACGGGCUGGUCUGUGCACACCUACCAGACGGAGAAGCAGAGGAGGAAGCAGCACCUCAGCCCGGCGGAGCUGGAGGCCAUCCUGCAGGUCAUCCAGAGGGCCGAGCGGCUCGACGUCCUGGAGCAGCAGAGAAUCGGGCGGCUGGUGGAGCGGCUAGAGACCAUGAGGCGGAAUGUGAUGGGGAAUGGCCUGUCCCAGUGUCUGCUGUGCGGGGAGGUGCUGGGCUUCCUGGGCAGCUCCUCGGUGUUCUGCAAAGACUGCAGGAAGAAAGUCUGCACCAAAUGUGGGAUCGAGGCCUCCCCUGGCCAGAAGCGGCCCCUGUGGCUGUGUAAGAUCUGCAGUGAGCAAAGAGAGGUCUGGAAGAGGUCGGGGGCCUGGUUCUACAAAGGGCUCCCCAAGUAUAUCUUGCCCCUGAAGACCCCUGGCCGAGCUGAUGACCCCCACUUCCGACCUUUGCCCAUGGAACCGGCAGAGCGAGAGCCCAGAAGCUCCGAGACCAGCCGCAUCUACACGUGGGCCCGAGGAAGAGUGGUUUCCAGUGACAGUGACAGUGACUCGGAUCUUAGCUCCUCCAGCCUAGAGGACAGACUCCCAACCACUGGGGUCAGGGACCGGAAAGGCGACAAACCCUGGAAGGAGUCAGGUGGCAGCAUGGAGGCCCCCAGGAUGGGGUUCACCCACCCGCCGGGCCACCUCUCUGGGUGCCAGAGCAGCCUGGCCAGUGAGACGGGGACAGGCUCUGCCGACCCGCCGGGGGGACCCAGCCCCGGGCCGACCCGAAGGGCCCCGGUAAAAGACACACCUGGACGAGCCCCUGCUGCUGAUGCAGCUCCAGCAGGCCCCUCCAGCUGCCUGGGCUGAGGUGUCUGGUGCCUGGAACAGACUUCCCUGUGGAGGAUUCCUGCCAGACCCUGCCCGGCUCCUCCCUGACCGGUCCUUGUGCCCUCACCAGACACCCUGUUGGCCAUGACUGAACAAACCAGUGUUGGGAGCUGUCUGCCUCCCCAACUCAGUGCCUUUCUGCGCCCCUUCUCUCCUGGGGAGCUGUCUGCAUCCGCCACCCCUCCAACCACUGCCCUCGGCCCCCGACCUUAUUUAUUACCCUCCCCUCCCACACCCCCAAUCUACCUGGUGAUGAUUUUAAGUUUGUGUGUGUCUUGGGUUGGGCUGGGGCGUUUCCCACAUGCAGUGUCAGAGGGGCCGCCCGGUGGGGCUAUCUCCGUUGCUAUAUUAAUGGCAAGACUAAAUGAAACCUAGGGCACGGCCUCCGAAGCUGCGUGUGGCCCCUUAGAGGUGAGCAUCAGAGCCAGAGCAGUGAGGGGGAGAUUUACCCACCCUCUCCCUCUCCCUUCAGCUCUGGGAGGCAGGAGCAGUGCCCCCCCUCCCUUGGGCUUGCCCAGGACUGCGGGUGAAACCUGGGUCUGUUUAGUUUCUUUGGUUUUUGUAUGUUUGUUUGUUUUUGAGACAGUCUCGCUCUGUUGCCCAGGCUGCGGUGCAGUGGCACAAUCACGGCUCACUGCAACCUCCACCUCCCGGGCUCAAGCGAUUCUCUCACCUCAGCCUCCUGAGUAGGUGGGACUACAGGUGCCUGCCACCACACCCAGUUAAUCUUUGUAUUUUUAGAAGAGAUGGGGUUUCUCCACGUUGGCCAGGCUGGUCUUGAACUCUUGGUCUCAAGUGAUCCGCCCGCCUCGGCCUCCCAAAGUGCUGGGAUGACAGGUGUGAGUCACCGCACCCAGUCCUAUUAGGUUUCUUUGAAUCCCCUCAUGGCCUGCCUGGUUUUUGCUCAGCCUGUCUUCAGCUUGAGGAGCUGGGAAGCUCUGGUGGAUGCUAUGAACUCACUUGCUGAAGAGCAGCCUUUAGGUGCAUCCCCAGCCAGGGCACGUGGCUCCCUCAGCCGUGAAUUCACUUCUCUUCAGGAGGUUUGGCUUGGCAUGAAAAUACUUCAUUCAGAGUAUGGGCAAAUGCUUCUGGAAAACCCUUCCCUGAAGAGAGAGAAUAUGUGUGUGUGUCGGUGUUCACACCCUCCCAUCCUUCCUGCCUCCUGCCCCAAACCCCGGGUUCCUGGGUCUGGAAGGGCCUUCUCUCCAAGCUGGGAGCUCCUGGGCCCCCACCAUUCACUUUUUGUCCUUGCUGCUGGCAAACAGUGAAGAAACUCACUUUCCCUGUGGCACGUUAUGCUUCAGAAUUAAAACAAUGAAGAUUAAAAUUUGCACCGAGCCAGUGUGUUGAUCAAA